UUCCGUAUACGCAGGCAAAUGAUCAAAUAGCUUCAUCGUUAUUGUGUGCAUUAUAUAUAACACGCAUGCUAGACGACUUUUUAAUGUAAAUGGUGAACCGUCGAAUAUACAAUUGCACACAGUCCUAAACUCGUCGUGGCCUGCAGCAGCUUCUAAUCUAUGUCACGCGUCCGUUAAAAAGAGGAAUCAAUUUGAAGAUAUCGUCGUAUACGCAAGGCCUGCAACAGCGUGAAAAAUUAUUAUAUGUGUGUACGCGAAAACCAGUUGGUGUCUUGAAGCGUGUAUGUUAAACGGUUGGUCGCCGAUGUUGUUAUCGUUAUCAUUGUAAAAAGGACGCAAUGGACUGUUAUUAACAAGCCGUUAAGAUGUCAAAUGACAACAAUGCCCCGCACACUUCUUAUGGUUUAGAUCAGCAAGGUAGAUUAGUCAGGAUAGAACCUGGUGCACCGGUUAGUCGAUUUUCCAGUUUGGAGGAGACGCUCAGAAGAUUGAGUUCUAAUUUUAGACAAGAAGAAUUGCAGGAUUCCUCCUUUGAUGAUCCAUCAAGAAAUUCUGCAUCCGAUAUGACAGAUAAUGACCUAUCUUCGGAUAUGACUGAUGGAGCUCUGUCUCCAAAUCAAACCACAGCAAGCAUUCCACAAUUGAGUUCUGACGAAGAUAAGAGAUAUUGUUGGGUAUGUUUCGCAACAGACGAAGAUGAUGCUACUGCUCCUUGGGUUAAGCCUUGUCACUGCAGAGGUACUGCUAAAUGGGUUCAUCAGAGAUGCAUCCAGCGAUGGGUUGAUGAGAAGCAAAAAGGUCGCACUGGAGCUCUCGUUACUUGUCCGCAGUGUAACACAGAAUAUAUCAUUGUGUACCCUGAUAUGGGCCCCUUAGUAGUUAUACUGGAUACCAUUGAUGGACUCAUUUUCCGAGUUUGCCCACUUAUUGCAGCUGGAAUUCUUGUUGGAUGCAUAUAUUGGACUGCAGUCACAUUUGGAGCAGUUACAGUCAUGCAAGUAGUUGGUCACAAAGAUGGUCUCCAAAUGAUGGAACAAGCUGAUCCUUUAGUUCUACUUGUAGGACUACCUACAAUACCAAUUAUGCUUGUACUUGGUAAAAUGCUUGAUUGGGAAGAUCAAGCUCUUAAUUUAUUUAGGAAACAUGCAUGUAAACUGCCACUUCUCAAGCAUAUUCUUAAAACAUGCUGUGUAGAAGAUGAGGUAGUAAGAUCACAAGAUGUACCGCCAAUGACUGACCCAGCAUCAGCUACAAGAAUUUUAUGUGGAGCACUCCUGCUUCCAACAAUUGCUACAAUUUGUGGCAAAAUAUUUUUUAGUAGUAUUAACUCGAAUUUUCAAAGGACGAUAUUGGGAGGAGUAGCUUUCAUCACAAUUAAGGGAGCCUUUAAAAUUUACUACAAGCAGCAACAAUACAUUAGACAGCGUCAAAGACGUAUCAUGGAUUACACGGACAGCAAUAUUGCCUUGUACAGAACACAAAGGAGCGCGGAAGACAACCAAACCAACAAUUGAAAAAUAUUAAAAGGAAAAAAGUAAACUAGUUGCAAAAAAAAAGUAUAUAUAAAGUGUACAAAUUUUCUAGAAAGAAUUCAAAUUUUAUAUACUUUCGUUUCAUUUCAUUAGAAGCAGUUGAAGUUUAAUUCUUGUUGUUGAGAUAUUUUUAAGAUGUUCCAGUGAACUUCAACAAUGACUAUUGCUAUGAAACUCAAUGCCAAUCAACCUAUAUAUUAUAUAUUAUAUAAAAGUAAAAACAGAAUGGAUAGGUACUCGUGUAUUCCUACAUUUAAAUUUUACGAUGUAUAUUAUAAUCAUAAUUGUUUCGAUUGUGCACACAGAUUUACUGUUUCAAUUAAAAAGACAUGGAGUUUCAAUGCUGCUAUGAAAAUUCAGAUUCACGUGAUUUUUUUUCGAGUACUUUUUUCUCUCUCUCUUCUCUCUUAGUGACUUAAAACGUAAUUAUAAAAAAACUCCAAGGCAUUUUGGUCAUUGUGUUUCUCCGAUUUUUAGAAUAUACGACGUUGACAAUUAUA